UGACACGAAUUAUCAAAAUAAACAUAAAAUUCUAAAAACAUCAAUUCACUUGUUAUUUAUAAAGUUAAUAUUAUCAAUAUUUAAAUUGUUACAUCACUAUAACUAAUGAGAAACAUUUAAUUUUAUUAAAUAAACCGCUAAAGGGAAAAAGUGUAUCAAAUGGAUAUUCCUCCUCAAAGUUCUCAAAUGAAAUUAGAAUAUUCUGAUAAUAUCCAGUGCUUUGAAUGUGGUCAAAUCUUCUUAGAAUGGCCUGAACUGAGAAAUCACAGAGCAAGUACACAUAAGCUAUACACGUGUAAAUCCUGCCCGAAAGAAGAAACAUCCCUGAUGGACUUUGAAUACCAUCUUCAAAUCCAUGGGGGAAUGAAGGUAUUUAAGUGCAUCAUCUGCAAUGAAAACUUCUCUUUCCUUUUUGAGCUCAAUGAUCACCUUCCACAACACUUGCCUGAAUUCAAAGAUGUAAAGGAACAUGAGAAUACAAAUUCAUUAUUCUCAAUUUUUGAAGUUAAAACAGAAAACUCUGACGAGGAUGGAACUAAUUGCAAUCGCAAUGUCGUGGAUGAUAUGUCCACUGAUAAAGGAAAAAAUAUUGAUAGUAACGAAGUAGUAAAACUUCCUGAAUCAAAGGAGAUAGAGCAAGGAUACAGGGAAAUCACAGCAAAAUCAGUGGAUUCUUCUGAAACUAAAAGUCCUGCCAACCAAAAAAUCCAAAUUUCUGAGAAACCACCAACCAAAAGAAGAGGAAGACCUCCCAAAAUCCGAAAUGAGGAAGAAUUGCCUAAAUCAAAAAUGUAUGUGAAAUGUCCUAAAUGUCCACACAUCACAAAUAAUAGUACAUAUCUCAGGUAUCAUAUGCAAAAACACAGCAAUUUUAGGCCAUAUGAAUGUGCACAUUGUGGAGCUAAAUAUAAAAUGUUAAAGAGCUUGGAAAGUCAUUUAAUUAUUAAACACAUCAGGUCGGAAAAAACGGAAAUUUGCAAUGUUUGCGGAAAGGCAUUCUACAUGCGCUUAAAUCUCCAAUUACACAUGAAAAUUCAUGAUACCCAUCGAGAAAGGUAUCCAUGUACUGUGUGUGGCAAAACAUAUUCUACAAAGGGUGCACUGAGCCUUCACAUGGAUAAGCACACAUCCAAUAAUCCAGAAAAAUAUCCUUGUCCAAAAUGCGGAAAAGUUUUUGACUUUCGCGUAUCUAUGAUCUAUCAUCAUCGAAGACAUUCUGCCGUGAAAAAAUUUGCCUGUGAUUGGGAAUCCUGUGACUAUCGGACAAGUGUCCAUUCGAGAUUUCUGGCUCACAAGAGAACACAUACCGGUGAAAAACCCUAUCAAUGCAGCAAAUGUAAUUCAUCAUUUAUAACUAAUGCAGCUUUGAAGCACCAUUUCAUUCAAGUUCAUCAACCACCAACACUUCAAUGUAGCUUCUGUGACAAAGCUUUUGCCAUUAAACCCAGUUUGAAUGAUCAUAUUCGAAGGGUUCAUCUGGAAAGAACAGAACCAUGUCCUGUGUGUAAUAAAAAAUACGGCAGCAAAGGAGAUGUAGCGAGGCAUAUGAAAGAUUGCCAUUCUGGACCAAGAGUAUACAAGAAAAAGAUGCGAAAAUCACAAAAUUAAAAUUUUCAUAGACCUCAUAAUUUGCUAAUAACAGUAAAAAGUAAAAAUAUUGUAUCCAACUGAUUAUAAAUACAUAAAUAAAAUAUGAUCAGUAUUAUUGAAA